AUGCUUCUGGAGGCUGGAGCUGGGUUAUCUCUAGAAAGUAGUGAUAGUAAUGAGGAUGAAGGGGAAUACGGCAGUGGACCAGGCUCCCCAAUUUUGCAGUUACCAAAGGUCCCUCAUGUAGGAGGCAUGGACCGCAUACGUGCUAUGCGCCAAAAUCCUCAUAUAUGUGCUUCUUGGGCAGAUACGGGUCAUAUGUGGGGCUUGAGCUCGCAAUUGAAGUCUUUGGUAGAAUCGGAAGCUGAAGCUAUCCGUUUGGGACCCACUGAUUCCAAUCAAGCUCCUAUAGUCAGAUUUUCUGGACAAAAAGAUGAAGGUUAUGCCAUGGAUUGGAGUCCUCUCAUUGCUGGAAGAUUUGCGUCGGGGGAUUGCAAGAGUAGUAUUCAUCUGAGGGAACCCGCAUCUGAUUCUACAUGGAAUAUUGAUGCGAGUCCCUUUGUUGGUCAUAAUGCAAGUGUCGAAGAUUUACAGUGGAGUCCAACAGAACCAUUUGUAUUCACCUCAUGCUCAGUCGAUGGAAGUAUUGUGAUUUGGGAUGCA